GUUAUUUCUACUACUGUUGUUGUUGCUGCUGCUGUUACAAUUGACCUAGGUUAUCUCUUGUCUUCAUCAUAAUAACCCUUUGAAUUUUUUCCAGCUCUAUACAUGUAGGCAUGGGGAAAUGUAAGUAUCUUGACGAAGUAAAGCUAGAAUUUGGCACUCUGGCUCCAAAGCCUGCACUAAAUCUUUAUUUCACUACCUCUCUAAUAGAGCAGCCACUGUGUGGAUGCUGGGUCACAUUCUGCUGGGAGAGGAGCACAAAACAGGAAACAAUGAAUGUGCUAAGUCACACCAACAAGAUGUAGACACAAAGAGGAAAGGCCAUGUGAGCUGAGGUCGAAGAGGGUACGUUUGAGCCUUCUCUUCUUUAAGGAUGAAGUCACCACUUUGAGACAUCCCAUUCAAGGGAUGCUGCAGCUCAAAGUCACAUGGUCACCUUGGAAAGGGUUACCAACAGGAUCUUCAGGGAAAUUAUAAAAAAGUGGCUGAUAGCCUAGAAGAGUUUGACAUUUACUUGUAAAGGAUUUUGGAAGCUGGUAGAAGAUUUUACGUUUUGUGUUUUACAUAGGGGAGGAUAAUUUUUGUGUUUUAAAGAUAACUGGAUAUAUUAAUAAGCAAUAUAGGGAAUGGAUUGAAGACAGGAAAGAUUGGGGGUGGGAGACCACAUGAGAGGUGUGUGAUCCAAACUGCAUCAGGUUGGUGGCACUGAGAUCAGUUUCUGGGUUUUACAGACAUGAGACAAACAGGACUUGAAACUUUUCAGACAGGAGAUGGGUGAAUAAUGAAUGAGAAGGAUGGAUCAGGGUCCCUGGAGCAUUCUCAGGAGGAUGGACUCAGACAAGUUCUGGAGGAGAUGAAAGCUUUAUACGAACAAAAUCAGUCUGAUGUGAAUGAAGCAAAGUCAGCUGGACGAAGUGAUUUGAUACCAACCAUCAAGUUUCGACACUGUUCUUUGUUAAGAAACCGUCGCUGCACUGUAGCAUACUUGUAUGACCGGUUACUUCGCAUCAGAGCGCUCAGGUGGGAAUAUGGCAGCGUCUUGCCGAACACGCUACGAUUCCACAUGUCUGCUGAAGAAAUGGAAUGGUUCAAUCAUUAUAAAAAGUCUCUUGCUACUUAUAUGAGGUCACUGGGUGGAGAUGAAGGUUUGGACAUUACACAGGAUAUGAAACCACCGAAAAGCCUAUAUAUUGAAGUCCGGUGUCUAAAAGACUAUGGAGAGUUUGAAGUUGAUGAUGGCACUUCUAUCCUGUUAAAAAAAAAUAGCCAGCACUUUCUCCCUCGGUGGAAAUGUGAGCAGCUGAUCAGACAAGGGGUCCUGGAGCAUGUGCUGUCGUGACCGUGUAUGUGUGCAGGGCCCUGCCCACCUUACCCAGUCCUAAGAUGUGCCUUCCACACACGCUCUUCACCUGCCCUUGGGAUUUAAAAAGUAAAAGACAUUCUUUAAGAUAACCAGGGAUGUUUGGCUAAGAAAUAUGAUUUGGUAUUAAGAAUUUUUUAUGUUGUACACUGUUAUUUCUGCUCCUUUUUGUGAUAAGUUGUAUCAUAACAUUCCUGCAGGUAUUAGUGUAGUUUUUUAAAUGAAAAUAAAUAUUACAUUUGAAUCUGUCUUUAAGUAAUAAGAGUGAGCAUCUUGUGUUCUUUUCUGGUACGUGUGCUGUGUAAGCUAGGAGCUGAACUUCUGGAAUUCACGUUUCUGUAUCUCAUGGGCAGGUGAAGAUGGUGGUCUCCAAACAUUUUUGGUAUAUUUCAUGUUUAAUGACUUAAUUCAUCAUCUGGCUAUUUGGGAGGGAAGGAGACAGUGGAUUUUGCCCAUUUUCAGCAGUGGUGACUGGUUUGGUUCAUGGCUGUGGGUCAGCACUGUUAUCUCCUUAGGAAAAGCGACAUGGAAAUUGGAGCCUGAGAAGGAACUGUCGGUAUAGUUUUUCCUGAGACUCACAUGAACAUGAAGUUGUCUGGCAGUAGAAGGCAGUUUUAUCGUCUGCUGGACUAUGAUUGGUAGGAGGUGCAGUGGCACAGACUGGUCCAGCCUUGCAGUCAGUGGCCUGUCCCCACCAGUGCUCUCCCCAGCCAGCAGCCAGGUCGCCUGAAGGAAGCACCAGACGGCCAUGUCCAGAUAAACCAGCUCCCGGUACAUAUGGUGUAUGCAGUUUCAUCUUUAUACACGGGGAUGUUUCUGGCCAAAAUUAUAUUCAGGAGAUGAGUAAUAGACUUUACCAAGGAUGUGAAUCUGUAUAUUUUCUAAUAGACCUCCUAUGUCAAUAGGCUCCCUUUUGCACGUUUUUUCAUUAUAGGAAAUAAUUUCCCCCUUGUUUUGUAGCCAGAUCACACUGACUAAGGAAAAUUUCCCUAAUGAGUGGCCUGGAUGAUGUCGAUAUUUUAGCUGUGGGUACAUGGCCACCUCCUCUUCCCUCACGUCCACUCCUGUGCACACAGUUGUGCCGUACAUGCUGCCCAGGACAGCUGAGGGGCACUCCUGUGAAGGGUGGUGUCAUGUAGCCAGCUCAGCCAUCUUUCCUGAACUCACAUUGUUUGGUGCCCUUUGUGUUUGAUACCCUGAAUAAAAUAUUAAGUACAGCCCUCAUUUGAAAUGAAGUGUAUACUGGUUGAAAAAUUUGGAAUUGUAGAGUUUACAUCAAUUUAUAUAUUGACUGGCUCUCUAUUUGGAAUUGUAGCUAGAAUUUUAAACUUGUCUCAUAACAUUUUUACUCUAAAAGUAAUCUG